CUGCUCCUCUGCUGCCCCCCUCCCUCGCUACAAAAUGGUUUUCCUCGCCUCACACACAGGGAUGUGGGGCUGCUGGAGGAUCGGGGCUUUGGGUACCACUGGAUGCUGGGAGAUGAUUGACAGCCGGUACCAGGCAGGAGAUGGAGGGAUGAAGCUGAUGAUGAUGAUGGGGGCUGUGGAGCGGAGCUGCUGAUUCUGCCCUGGGUCUUACCCCUCCCUGGGCUAUUGCUGGAUUCACCCUGAUCGCUUGUUAUUAAAGUCCUGCCAGGCCUUUCCAUGCCGCUCCCCAGGGGCCCCACUUGUCACUGCCGACCCUGUGUCCCUGUGAAGGAUGGAACGUAACAGAGUGGCCCCCCACUUUGCCUCCAUUUUGUUUUCCAACAAACAUCUGCUCUGACCGACGGAGGGCUCCUCCAGCCCCCGACACCCCUUUUUAUGAACUUACUGGAGAUCCAUUCCCUCACCCCCCCUUUUUUAUUUUGACCAAAUUAAUAUUUAAUUGUCCCACAGGAUCGUUUCAUUCUCUUGGUACAAACCCCACAUUUUCCACAAAACCCCAUUUUCCACUGGAGUCGAAUUUAUUAAAAUCGGAGAAUAUUUUUUGACCAGAAUCGAUUGUUUUCCAAUUUUGUAAUUUCUCUCGCUGAAGCCCCCCCGUCUAUUUUGUAUAUUUCGUGCCCCCCCUCCUCUGUAUUUGCACAACUGGGCCCAUUGGAACUUUACAAAAGCCCUGUUCCAUCCAACGUUCCCCCCCCAUGGCGCCGGACUUCCGUGCCCCCCUGAUCCUGUGGCUUCUGGCCGCUUGCCCGGCGGAGGGGCAGAAAGGAGACGACAAAUACCCCGUGGUCAACACCAACUAUGGAAAACUACGGGGGGUGAAAAAAGAUCUGAACAAUGAGAUCCUGGGUCCAGUGGUCCAUUAUUUGGGAAUUCCCUAUGCCACGCCCCCCAUUGGCGAGAGGAGGUUUCAGCCCCCGGAAGCCCCAGCAUCAUGGACAGAGAUCCGGAAUGCCACAACGUUUGCCCCAGUCUGUCCUCAGAACCUCCACGGAAUGUUACCGGGAAUCAUGAUCCCCCUGUGGUUCACAGAGAACAUGGACGUGGUGGCGGGGUACGUGCAGAACCAGAGUGAGGACUGUCUCUACCUCAACAUCUACGUCCCCCUGGAGGAUGGUCCCAUUUCCAAAUCCCGGGAGGACCCCAGAAAAGCGCAACACACUCCAGACGAAGAUAUCCGAGACAGCGGCAAGAAACCUGUUAUGAUGUUUAUCCAUGGGGGAUCCUAUAUGGACGGAACUGGGAAUAUGUUCGAUGGCAGUGUUCUUGCUGCUUAUGGCAACGUCAUUGUGGUCACUGUAAACUACAGACUGGGAGUACUGGGAUUUAUGAGCACAGGAGACCCAGCAGCCAAAGGGAAUUAUGGCCUGUUAGACCAAAUCCAGGCCUUGCGGUGGCUGGAAGAAAAUAUUGGCCAUUUUGGCGGUGACCCAGAAAGAAUUACCAUCUUUGGAUCAGGAGCAGGUGCUUCUUGUGUCAGCUUGCUCAUUCUCUCCCAUCACUCCGAAGGUCUCUUCCAGAAGGCCAUAGCACAGAGCGGAACUGCCAUUUCCAGUUGGUCUGUCAACUACGAGCCACUAAAAUACACUCGGCUUUUGGCUGCUAAAGUAGGUUGUGAUUACCGAGAAAACUCUGAGAUGGUGAUGUGCUUAAGGAGGAAGCCUUACAGAGAAUUGGUUGACCAAGACAUCCAACCUGCACGGUAUCACAUCGCAUUCGGGCCUGUGGUUGAUGGUGAUGUAGUGCCAGACGAUCCUGAGAUUUUAAUGGAACAGGGAGAGUUUCUCAACUAUGACAUCUUGAUGGGAGUAAACCAAGGCGAGGGUUUGAAGUUUGUGGAGGACACCUUGGAGAGUGAGGAUGGUAUUUCUAACAGUUACUUUGACUUCACAGUGUCCAACUUUGUGGACAACCUUUAUGGCUUUGCAGAGGGGAAAGAUGUUCUGAGAGAGACUAUCAAGUUUAUGUACACAGACUGGGCAGAUCGAGACAAUGGAGACAUGAGGAGAAAGACUCUGCUGGCUCUAUUCACAGAUCACCAAUGGGUGGCACCAGCCAUUGCUACUGCCAAGUUCCAUGCAGAGUAUGAGUCACCGGUGUAUUUUUAUGCAUUUUACCAUCGUUGCCAGGCUGAAGGGAGGCCAGAAUGGGGAGAGGCUGCUCAUGGUGAUGAGGUGCCCUACGUCUUUGGGGUGCCUAUGGUUGGAGCAACAGAUCUGUUCCCAUGCAACUUCUCCAAGAACGAUGUCAUGCUGAGUGCUGUGGUCAUGACCUACUGGACAAACUUUGCAAAGACAGGUGAUCCCAACCAGCCUGUCCCUCAGGACACCAAGUUUAUUCACACAAAGCCCAAUCGCUUUGAGGAAGUUGUGUGGACAAAGUUCAACCCCAAAGAGAAACAGUAUCUACACAUUGGCCUCAAACCUCGUGUGAAGGACAACUAUCGUGCCAAUAAGGUGGCCUUCUGGCUAGAGUUGGUCCCCCAUCUACAUGAACUCAAUACAGGUCUCCACACCUCCACCACCACCAGGCAACCACCAGGUGGGACCCGCAGGGUACCUGGAGGAGCAAGCAGUGGGAGUACCACACGCCGACCACCUGCCACCCUUCCUCCAGAUAUGGAAAUUGAUGAGGACAUGGACAAUCGUCCAAGGCAUUCUCCCUUCCCAGGAGAUUCAAGGGAUUACUCCACAGAGCUGAGUGUGACAGUGGCAGUGGGUGCCUCGCUCCUGUUUCUCAACAUCUUAGCUUUUGCUGCUCUUUACUACAAGAGGGACAGACGCCAUGAGAUGAGACAGAGAAGACAUAGUCCAGGGAGAGGAGGUGGCCCUGGCAAUGAUCUAGCACAUCAUGGUCCAGAGGAAGAGCUUAUGUCUUUGCAGAUCAAGAGGGCUGGUGGUGCCCCUGACCUUGAGCCACUGAGGCCACAUGAUAUAUUACGUCCGGCUUGUCCUCCUGACUACACCCUGGCACUUAGAAGGGCUCCUGAGGAUGCCCCUCUUCCACCUCCACCUCCCACAUCUGUUAUGGCACCGAGCACCAUCUCUGGUCUCCCCUCAUUACAUCCAUUUAACACCUUUCCAACCACCGCCCACAACAAUACCCUUCCCCACCCGCACUCCACCACAAGAGUAUAGGGGUGGCAGACAUCUUCUCCUCUACCCAUGUUUCACCUAUGCCCUUUUCUUAUGGACUGCGACAUGGGCUAUCAAUGCUCAUACAUCUGGAUCUGCUUUGAUAGGGGAUGUGGACAGACUGAAGAUUUGGUCUGAGCGAGGGGUAGGAAUGGAACUGCCACUGCCUUUAACUUACCCCUCCAAAUCUUCACUUUCACACUUUAUAAACUACUCUGUACCGAAGGAACUCAGCCUUUUGGAAUCUUCUCCCCCAUUCACGUGGCUCCAAAUAAAUAACUGAAGGGGCAGUUAUGUUAAGGAAAGCAGGAAUGGGAUGAAACACAUAUCACCCCUAAUUCUCUUUACAGAAAGGGGUGGGCAGUAUAAGGAGGAGAAGAAGCCUUAUUGAUUAGGCUGAAGCCUCCACAGACUCACUUCUACUGCUUUAUUUUUAUUCAUGAAGAGUGUUUAUUUGAUAAAAGGUAACAUUGGGUUCAGGGUUACAUGCCCCCGUGCCCACUGAGUCCAAGACAACUGUACAGCUCCCAAACAGUUUUUGUUAAGUAGAAA